AUGGUCGCUACAUACGGUCGCAUCCUCGCCGCGGCUUGCGCGCUCGCAACCACCGCCAGCGCUGUUACUCCUGUUAUCGUCAAGGGAAAGGACUUUGUGAACAGUGAGACUGGUGAUCGGUUCCAGAUCCUCGGUGUCGACUACCAGCCCGGUGGUACCAACGCCGUGAACGGCAAGUCCGAUCCUCUGACUGACAAAGAGGCUUGUCUGCGCGAUGCUGCUCUCAUGCAGCAGCUGGGUGUCAACACCAUCCGUAUCUACAACUUGGCGCCUGACCUCAACCACGACGAGUGUGUCUCCAUCUUCAAUGCCGCCGGUAUCUACAUGAUCCUCGAUGUCAACUCGCCUCUGUACCCUGGCUACAUUGACCGCACUGCUCCUUGGACCACCUACACCAAGGACUACUACACUCAGGUCUUUGGUAUCAUCGAGGCCUUCAAGGACUACCCCAACACUCUGGCGUUCUUCGCUGGUAACGAGGUCAUCAACGAGGACAGUGUUGAGCAGGUUCCUCAAUACAUUCGCGCUGUCCAACGUGACAUGAAGGAGUACAUCUCCAACCAUCUCGACCGCUCCAUUCCCGUCGGUUACUCUGCUGCUGAUGUCCGCCCCAUCCUUGAGGACACCCUCAACUACUUCAUGUGCGAGGAUGAGGACUACCCCAACUCGCACUCUGACUUCUUCGGUCUCAACUCCUACUCGUGGUGCGGUGAUGCCAGCUACAAGAGCUCUGGCUACGACAAGCUCACCGAGAUGAUGUCUGAUGCCACCAUCCCCGUCUUCUUCUCCGAGUACGGCUGCAACGAGGUCCAGCCCCGUGAAUUCACCGAAGUCCAGGCCAUCUACGGCGAGGAGAUGACCGCCACUUUCUCCGGUGGUCUCGUCUACGAGUACACCCAGGAGGACAACGACUACGGUCUCGUCAAGGUCAACGACAAUGACACCCUUACCCUUCUCGUCGACUUUGACAACCUCCAGACCCAGUACGCCAAGCUCGACAUGGACCGCAUCAGCUCUUCCAACGCCACCCAGACCAGCGUCAAGUCCAUCAAGUGCAGCGCCGACCUCAUCCAGAACGGCACCUUCAGCUCCAACUUCACCCUCCCCGCCAAGCCCCCUGGAGUCCAGAAGCUGAUCGACGACGGAUACACCAAGGUCGAUGCCGGUAAGAUCGUUGAUGUUGAGUCCCAGGAGGUCUCCACCACCAUCUACGACCACAACGGCCAGAAGAUCACCGGCCUCAAGCUCAACGUUCUUGCCGACGGUCAGUCCAACCAGCCCGGCAACAGCACCAUCGGCAGCUCCUCCAACUCGAGCGGCUCAAGCUCCUCUGCCUCUGCCUCUGGCUCUGACGGCGACUCCGACUCCGGUGACGGUGGCAACGCCGCUGGCACCGUUGCUGUCCCUGUCGGCCUCGCUACCGUUGCCGCUACCAUUUUCGGUCUGGUCAUGCUGUAA